UCUUGUCGCCCAUGUUCCCACAAUCCUCCGCACAUUUCACGCGUGCAAUCGUUGAAAAUAAAUGUAUCCAACGUCAAGCCAAGGACACCAGCGUACCAAAUUGAGUGUGGAACUCAGAGCUCAAACGGCUACUUAAGGUCCUCGCGCGGUUUCAAGAUUCAGUGAGGAGAAUAGAAACAUCAAAGGCUUUUCAAAUUGUAUCGAUUUAAAACGAUAUGGCAAAAGGAGAGGGCGCGGAGCAAUAUGCGGCGGCAAGUCUUUUACCAACAAAACCAAUAAGUCCAGAUGGAAUCAAAAUUGCCAAGCGGAGGGACAACAAUGGCCGUCUGUCAAUGUGCAGUAAGUUGUGUUAUGCCAUCGGAGGGGCUCCCUACCAGAUCACAGGCAGCGCGCUGGGCUUCUUUCUCCAGAUCUAUCUGCUGGAUGUGGCCCAGCUGGACCCAUUAUAUGCCUCUAUCAUCUUGUUUGUGGGCCGGGCCUGGGAUGCAGUGACGGACCCAACGGUGGGCUUCCUGGUUAGUCGGAGCAGAUGGACCAGGUGUGGCCGGAUGAUGCCCUGGAUCCUCAUCUCCACUCCGUUUGCAGUGCUCACCUACUUCCUGAUCUGGUAUGUCCCUCCGGUGGAGCAGGGGAAGGUCCUGUGGUACCUGGUCUUCUACUGCCUCUUCCAGUCUCUGCAGACGUGCUUCCAUGUGCCGUACUCAGCGCUCACCAUGUUCAUCAGCAUGGACCAGAAAGAGAGGGACUCUGCCACUGCCUACCGUAUGACAGUGGAGGUGCUGGGAACAGUGGUUGGCACAGCAAUCCAGGGGCAGAUUGUGGGCGGGGCGAUCGCCCCCUGUCUCCCAGGUGACCUGGAUGUCCUUGACAACGGUAACUCCACACUGCUGGGGUCAGACUUCAACAUCACCCACAUCUCCCUAGAUGAAACAAAACAAGCCUACCUCAUCGCCUCAGCAGUCAUCUGUACCAUGUACGUUCUCUGUGCUGCAGUCCUGUUCCUGGGAGUCAGAGAGCAGGAAGAGUGUGGGCGUCUGAAGACAGAACCCAUGUCGUUCUUUGAGGGCGUGAGGAUGGUGAUGGGAUAUGGGCCAUAUGUCAAACUGGUCAUGGGAUUCCUCUUCACCUCGCUGGCUUUCAUGCUCCUGGAGGGGAACUUUGCCCUGUUCAUCACCUACACCCUGGGCUUUAGAAAUGACUUCCAGAACAUUCUGCUGGUCAUUAUGCUCUCUGGGACUUUGUCCAUUCCAUUCUGGCAGUGGUUCCUGAUCCGAUUUGGGAAGAAGACUGCCGUCUACAUUGGCAUCACGUGGGCAGUGCCCUUCAUGAUCCUGAUCGUCUGCAUAGAAAGCAGUCUCAUUGUGGCCUAUGUGGUCUCUGUGGCUGCAGGAGUCAGUGUGGCUGCAGCUUUCCUCCUACCUUGGUCAAUGCUUCCAGAUGUGGUGGAUGAUUUCAAAGUGAAGAAUCCAGACUCUAGUGGCCACGAGGCCAUUUUCUACUCCUUCUAUGUCUUCUUCACCAAGUUUGCCUCAGGAAUAUCCCUCGGCAUCUCUACUCUCAGUCUAGACUUUGCCGGCUAUGUGACCAGAGGCUGCUCGCAACCCGACGCAGUGAAUUUAACGCUGAAGGUGCUGGUUUCUCCUGCUCCUGUUGUUCUGAUAUUCCUGGGGCUGUUUAUAUUCAAGACCUAUCCCAUCGACGAGGAGAGGAGGCAAGGCAACCGGAAACUACUGCAGGAGAUGCGGGAGAGCGAUCAGGAUUCCGAGACAGAGUCCACAGAGCUUGGGAGCGUUGUAUAGGAGCCCCGGGAGAGAAGGGUGACCAACCAAAAGGCCACCGCUGUCCCGCGUGUUUGCAUUGGCAGGUUGGAGUGAUGAGGCCACUGGGGAGCCUGGACAGAGUUUGUGAGUUUUGGGUUAAGCUGGACUAACGGAGGAGAAACCACAGACCACACUACUGCUACAUGAACACAAUGGCCCUCGUCGCCACAGGAUUCCACAGGUUACAGAGACCCCUAGUGGACAUUUUGAGUCAUUGCUCUCUGUAGAGUACCUACUGUACUGUACUAUGUAUGUGAUUCGUGGUACUGGUUUAUCGGUUUUGUUUGUUUACAUGACAAACAUUAGUUUGGGAUUGUUAAUCAUGCAUUUACCCAUCAAAUUCAAGAUUUUUUUAAUGAGAUGUUUGUCUACCUGAACCAAGGAUAUUAGGUCAAAGGAUGGGAAAGCUUUCUCUGCACUAAAACAAUACUUUCCAAUCAGCAGGAUGGUCCUCAUAGAGGGAAGAUUCCAGCAUUCAUUUUUUGGGGCAUAUCAGUAACUGCACUGGAUUUAUAUGGUUAUUUACAACAACAAAAAAUAAAUAAACUAAUUUCAAGAGGAUAGUACUCCUCUUUAGGGAUGUGGAGAGCGCAUAACUGUUACAAUCUUAUCCACUGGAAUUAUAUUUGUGUCUCAUGGGGAAAAGAAACAAGGAACCUUGUAAAAGAAACUCUAACCUUAAUGAACUCAUUAACAUUGCCAAUAAUGUGUCUAGAUUUCAGACUUACUACAGCUAGACUAGCUGAUUUCCACCUUAUAAUUACUGUCUUAACAGCGCGGCUUGUAGAGUUGUACUUUGUAAACCUUGUUGUCGCAAUAAGAUUUUCUGUACAAGUUUGAACUAAAUUCUAUUUGGUCAAAGUUGUUUCUCCCCCACGAUACCAAGACUUUCCUUAAAAAGCUGUCUUUCUUGGUGAGUCCAAAGGCUAGUGGGGAGACUAACAACUUAUCUCAUGCCUAACUUAAUGUUUGAUGCCUUCAACUGUAUGUACAUCUUAGAGGCCAUCUUGGCCCAAAGCACAGAAUCUUCACUAACUAUUUAAAACUAGUUAUGUUUCGAUGAAAGCACACAGUACUAAUUUGGUAAUAGUCAUUGCAGAUAAUCAAAUUCUAUAUACACUCGUCUGAAUAUGGAUGUUUACAUUUUGUGUGUGCACACAGUAUAUGACUAAACACCCACACACAUGUUGUAUGAUCAUUAGAAUGAUUAGUUGACUGUCAACACAUGAUAGGCUUAAUUAGUUUCUCAUAUUAUUUAAAGUCUUUUCUAAAGAUAAUGUGUCAGUUGAGACUGUGGCAUGAUCUUAUGCUGUGUGCAAUAUGACCAACCAAACAGUUUUUUAAUGUCUGUACUCUUGUUAUGAAUAUUUUUGAUCAGACCAAAGCCAAGUUUUCUAUUUAUCAGAUAAAUCAAAAUUCAGAACUCAAAUGUUUUUUUACUCUUGAAUGUCUCAAGUACUGUAAUAUUGAACAACCUUGACAAAUCCUAAGCCGUAUCUAGAUAUCUAAAAACAGUAUUUUCUUUGGGUAGUAGUCUACAAUGGGUACAUAACCUCUUAGAUGUAAAAUCCCCUAUUUAGGUGACCUGCGUGGUUCUGGGACAUUUAGUGUCCAACUCUUGCCUGAACCCUACAUCACAGCCACUGACAAAGCACAUACCUGCCAUCCUUACAUCGUAGCGCAGCAGGAGACAGUGGUUUCAUCACUAUUGCACAUUCAGAGAUCGAUUUAUAGCCAUUCAUCUAAAAUAAUUAAUAGAUUUUAAACCAGUACACUGUCAUAGAUGGACAAGAUUAAAAUGAGAUGAAAGGCACUUUCCUAAUGAGUUCAGGAAGCCAAGCUAGAGCUCUGUGUGAUCACAGCUGUGGGGCAGAGAAAAUAUGCACAGUUUCUCACACUAAACAUACAAUAUGUAUUUUACAGUUAAAAGGAAGGUAAAAUCUUAGUUCUUGGUUUUAUGCUUUAUACAGUAUAAUUAAAUGAUAUGUCAUUUCAAGCUUUAUUCAUACGGUUUUGUUGAAUAGUAAAUGUCAGAAAAUUACAUAUUUUCAGCAAAAAUGUACUUGAGCUUGUGUCCUCAAAAGGGACUACACCUCAGCAUUUUUUUAUUUAUUUUUUAAAUUUCCAGAAAGUUGAGAUUUUAACACUUUCUUGGGGUGUGCAGCAUUACUAGUUAUUGUUUAUGGUCCUUGCAUGAUGAAUAAUUAAUUUUGGGGGUUAUGCAGAUUACAUUUUAGAUUACAUUUAGAGGUUUUUAAGAGCUUUCUCCAAUGUGCUCCUCACUCCAGUAUGGUGCUGUUUUGGUGUACAUGUUUUGUGUAUAUAUUGUUUGUAAAUUGUAAAUAUGUUUGAAACUGGAGAAACUUUACAGCACUGACAGCUGCUAAAAAAUAUGUACAAUAAUAAAAUGACAUUGGUGUAA